UAUUCUUUCCUCCUCAAAUAUCUCCUUGACUUUUUUCUUCUUUUUCAAUUUAUUUUUAUUUAUUUGCUUGUUUUAACCCUCAAUUUUCUUUCCACACAAUGCAUGCUCAUUUCUUUUCUUCUUUUAAUAGCCCCGCCUUUCUUCUACUGUUUCCCCCUUUUUUAUUUUUAUUUUAAACCAAUAGGCGUUAAUACCCUCUUUCCCCCCGCCUUUUUGCUUCAACGACUUUUUCUCUUCUUUUCUGUAUUUUUAUGAAAAAAGGGAGGUGGGUGGGUGAGCUAAGCUAUCUAGAGAAGCUUCUUUCCCUCUUUUAAACAAUUGUUUAAGUAAGUUUUUUUUAAAUGUUUAUUCAAAUAUUUAUCCGUUCCUUCUAAAAAUUAAAAAAAAUUUUUACCUUUUCUCCAAAUAUUGCCGCGUUCCUUCUCUCUUUUCCUCUUCUAAUUGCCAACCCCCUUCUUUUUUAAAGAAUAAUAUUUAAUUAUUAGCUUGUAUUACAAUCACCACCACAUCUUUCCCCUCUUCUCUUUUUUAAAAGAUAAUUGGGCUUUGCCGACUAAUUACCGCCCAUUCCUUCUUUCCUUCUAAAUUUCUCCAGCAGCGAUCAAUUUUGUUUGUUGCCAUCUAAUGCAACAAUAAUUAAUUUGAAUGUCUACAACAACAACAUCAUUACAAGCUUCAGAAAAUUCUCAAGCAAUUCCCCCUCAUUUCUCGACAGAAGCUAUAGACACUAAACCUCCCCCUUCAUUUCUUUUAAUUGACCAAAAGCCUAGAGAAGAUUUAUUAUUAUCCCAACAACAACAACAAACUUCUAAUUUUAUUGAAAAUAAAUUUCAAGAUUCUAAAAAUGUUACGGCUACAAGAAAUGCUUUAUUUGGUGUUGAACAGAGUCCAAAUAAUAAUUUUUUAAUUAACAAUUCCCCUUCUUGUUCAUUAUCUUCUGCUACAACAACCUAUUAUUCAAAUGGAAGUAAUGGAUAUAACACAAAUUUUUAUAAUUCAACAACACAUUUUGGACAUUCACAAUUAGCUGAAUUAUAUCAACAACAACAACAACCACAUUUUCUUUAUACAAGUCAACCAGCUAGUUCUCCUGAAGGUAAAAAAUAAAAAGAAAAAUUUUCAAAAUAAUUUUUUCUAAAUCUGUUGAAUAUCUUUUAUUUCUUAAUCUUUUUCUUUUAAAUAUGCACGUUUUUUUUAAUUUUCCUUUUGACUAUCCCAAGAAUGUUCUCAUGUC